CGAAUAUUUUCAGCUUGUAGAAAGGAUUGAAAAACAUGCUUAUCCGAACGGCCCGUGCAGGAGCUCACCCUCGCCAUUGCCGCUCCAGGGGUGUGGCAAUGGCUGCAGCACUUGCUCAAUGCAUUUUCUUCUCUAAGCCCUCAGUCUUCCUUCGGACCAAUAACUCGAGAGGCUUCACUUUCUCUGUACGUUUCUCUUCCUCUUCUCCCUGCUCUUCUACUCUCUCUGCAGAUAAGCUUCACCGCCAGAAAUGGAGACAACCGGCGGUUUCGGUACUGGAUAUUGGCGGAGUCAAGAUUUCUAAAGAAGAUUUGGUGAGGGAUGACCCAACAAACAAUGUACCAGAUGCUAUUUUUUCAAAACUAGGGAUGCAACUUCACAUGAGGGAUCGACAUCCAAUCGGGAUUUUGAAGAAUGCGAUAUAUGACUAUUUUGAUAAAAAUUACUCCAACAAAUUUGAUAAGUUCGAUGAUCUCUGCCCAAUUGUAUCUGUAAAAGAGAACUUUGAUGGUGUCCUGGUACCUGCUGAUCAUGUGAGCAGGAGUUAUAACGACACAUAUUAUGUGGACUCUGGAACUGUCUUAAGGUGCCAUACAAGUGCACAUCAAGCUGAACUGUUAAGGAAGGGGCACUCCCAUUUCCUUGUAACUGGAGAUGUUUAUCGUAGAGAUUCUAUUGAUUCAACUCAUUACCCAGUGUUCCAUCAGAUGGAAGGGGUUUGUGUUUUUACACCACAUGAUUGGGAGGCAUCUGGCAUGGAACCUACAUCUUAUGCAGCAGGAGAUUUAAAGAAAUGCCUAGAGGGUUUGGCGCGGCAUUUAUUUGGUGCUGUGGAAAUGCGCUGGAUUGACACCUAUUUUCCAUUCACUAAUCCAUCAUUCGAACUUGAGAUAUAUUUCCAGGAAAAGUGGUUGGAGGUUUUGGGUUGUGGGGUGACAGAGCAGGAAAUAUUGAAGAGAAGUGGUAAAAUGAAUAAUGUUGCUUGGGCUUUUGGGCUUGGAUUGGAGCGGCUAGCAAUGGUUUUAUUUGAGAUACCUGAUAUCCGUCUUUUCUGGUCAACUGAUGAGCGGUUUUCCUCCCAAUUUUCCAAAGGUCAGCUUGGCAUCAAGUUCAAACCAUUUUCAAAGUAUCCUCCUUGUUACAAAGACAUGAGCUUCUGGAUAAACAAAUCAUUCACCGAGAACAAUCUAUGUGAAAUUGUGAGAGGAGUUGCAGGGGAUCUUGUGGAGGAGGUGACACUGAUCGACGAUUUCACAAACGAGAAAGGAAUGACCAGUCAUUGUUACAGGAUAGCAUAUCGGUCCAUGGAACGUUCACUAACAGAUGAGGAAAUAAAUGAGUUCCAGGCUCGUCCCCUCUCCUUUUGUCUCGCUCCCCAUUUGGCAGGGGUUUUACUCACCUGAUUGCUGCCCUUUUUCUUCCCUUUUUCCCAUGCUGACUAGUUAUAACCUAACUUUGUUCAUAAUUGUGGCUGCAGUGGAAUGUAAGAGAACGGGUGCAAAAUAAGCUGAAUGUCGUCCUACGAUAAGAAUUUUGGGCGCUACCGCAUGAAUUUGGCAACUUUUUGAAUCUAAAUUACUUCCCAUCAAGUUCUCGACUUCUCUGACAUUGAGGCUUUUCCUUUUAGAAAUUUCAAGCAUCUGUUGGAAAGAGCAAUGCAUGCAUCAAAGCCAGAUUUGAAGAGAAAAAAUGUUCCAAUAUUGCAAAGAAAAUAUAUAUCAAAUAUUCUGUGUCAAUUGAUCAACUGCUGUGGAUUUUUGUCAGUAAAAACUGCUGUCUGAAUUUUGCUGUUCUUUUUCUUUCUUUCUUUCUUUUUUUAUUUCAAAUUAUCAUCAGGAAGAUUUGUAAAGAGGUCCCUUUAUCUUGAGCCUAA